UUCACCCGUACUGUACAGGCAGGCGGGGGGAGGACCGAGCAGCAGCACAGAAAGCAAAUAAACGCUGUAGAGUUCCCCCGCAGACCGUGGCCAUGGCUUGGCAGUCCCUGGCAGGCACGGCGUUUCCGUCUCCUCACACCUGAUAGCGGACUGAGAGGGGAGCUAGCACCGGGGAGAGAGCGACGCCGUUUCAGACGGUUAACCAGCAGGACUCGCUUUUUAUUUCAACGUGUCUGUUCUGCUUUUUCUUCACGUGUUAAUCCGGCUGUUCCUUGUUCACGGGGCUCUAUGUUGACGGCACAGGAGGCAGGUUCCUUCCACAAGUCGGGCAUUGAUUUCCAGACUGGCACCUAUAUCAAUGAUGACCCUCUGCUUCCUGAUGUUUGUGUCAACAAGCAAGACUGGUCUCUGUCAUCUUAACACCAGUUGGAGCCCCUGAAGAAACCAACCUGUAAAUGUAACAACACCAAGCAAAGCAUUGCGCUGAUCAGAUGGACCCUGGAUAACCACCAGCAUUCUUUUCAAGAGACAUAAGAUUGAAGAAAAGACUGAAGAUUGAUACAGCACAGUUUUACCUCCCAUCAUCCUCUUCUCUUCUUCUGAUCCAAUCAGAGGAUAGGAAAAAACACUUCAGCUUUCUACCUCCGAGAGAAAUAGAAAAGGAAGAAAACAAUUUAUUGUCCAGCAUCUGUUCCUUUUUUUUCUUCUCUUCGUGUAACAUCUCUUCAUUUACCUCAGGGAAUCUCUCCCACUGCCUACCUCCUCCACCGAAGCAGCCAACCCAGUGACUGGAACACGGAGCAAAGACACACCUGUGACCUCUCACUGCUGUUACCACGACAACCUGUAUUGCCUCUCAAGCUUUCCUCACUGCAAAGGAUGACCAGCAAUGACCUUGGACCUCUCACCACCUGCCAGCUCAGACCUGCUCACUGCCUGAAAUUGUACUGAUCCACACUUGUGGUCUGGGCCUUGGGCUGGUUAUUACCAGAAGGAAAGGUCUAUAUUGCCAGAAAGGAAGCUACACACUCACGAUAGCCUCAUACAUCAAUAAAAUAUACCUGACAGGCAACAAAAUACCUCAGCAGACUUCUUAGCCAACAGAAGGGAACUUUGCAGCAACAUUGUUCACUCUGUUGGUGUUUCUAUCCACCCAGCAGUUAACUUGUGCUCACCAGCCUGGUGCUUCAGUCUACCCAGAAGGUGACUCAGUUCAGCAUCUUCCAUUUGCCUUAGGGGCAGGAGUAUAGCAACGCUAGCCAGGGAGGCCUCCAGAGAAGCACAGAAAGAGAAAGACUCAGGAGUGUUUUCCAGCAGGCAACUUCUCUUCAUUUGAUUUUCAGCAGUCACGUCAUCCCCAUGAUCCAAGCAGUAGCAUAAAUCAGCAACUGCCCUGAGAGGCCUUCAGAGAUCACAGAAGAGACUCAGAUGUUCCUCCUGCCUUGAGCUUCCUCUUCCUUCACCCCUCGUCAAGCCUCCAGAGAAGAACAACUACCCCUAAAGCUGGAAAGUUCUUUGGGAGCCUCACCAGCUUUUUGGUACUCUGGAGGCAAGCCACGAAAGAAUAAAGACUACCUGACAGACUUAUCUCAGAGCAUGAUAAACCUGUGAAAAUAAGAAGAGUAAACACUAAGAAGAUCCAUACUGUGUGACAGUGAGGAGGAAAGCACUGAAAGUAAAGAGAAGGAUGCAGAACUUCCUUUUGCUUCCACUGAUGUCCCGCCCACCUUGUUCUUCCCAGCCAAUCACAGCGCAAAACCCCAGAUGGCUGUCUAUUGAAGGGGCCGCCGGUGAAUGCUGAGCAGGCUGGCAAGGUCGAGGGCUGCCUCAUCGUCCUGUGAUUGGCUGCUGGACAGGACUGAGGCACCAUGGAGCCAAUGUACAACAAGCAGGAUAGCAACUCAUCAGAAGGAGAUGAGAAAGGGUGGCCAGAUGUGCCGAAAAGAAAGAGCAAGAACAGCCAGUGUGCGGUGAAGAGUAUGUCUGCUCUUAGUGUCUCUGUUCCAGGGUACAUCCCCAGCUACCUGGAGAAGGACGAGCCAUGCGUGGUGUGUGGGGACAAGGCCACCGGCUACCACUACCGCUGCAUCACCUGCGAAGGCUGCAAGGGCUUUUUCCGCAGGACCAUUCAGAAGAACCUCCACCCAUCUUACUCCUGUAAAUAUGAAGGUUGCUGCGUCAUCGACAAGAUCACCCGCAACCAGUGCCAGCUGUGCCGCUUUAAAAAGUGCAUCUCUGUGGGCAUGGCCAUGGAUUUGGUAUUGGACGAUUCAAAGCGUGUUGCCAAGCGUCGCCUGAUCGAAGAGAAUCGACAGAAAAGAAAGAGGGAAGAGAUGGUGAAGUCGUUACAGAUAAGGCCAGAGCCCACAAACUCGGAGUGGGAGCUGAUCAGGAUGGCAACAGAGGCCCACCGGCACACCAACGCCCAGGGCUCCAGCUGGAAACAAAAGCGCAAGUUCUUGCCGGAUGAUAUCGGCCAGGGUCCGAUCGUGCCCACUACUGAUGGUGAUAAGGUGGACCUAGAAGCCUUCAGCGAGUUCACUAAGAUCAUGACGCCUGCCAUCACACGUGUUGUCGACUUUGCCAAGAAACUGCCCAUGUUCUCAGAGCUGCCUUGUGAAGACCAGAUCAUCUUGCUGAAAGGCUGCUGCAUGGAGAUCAUGUCACUGCGAGCCGCUGUACGCUACGAUCCAGACAGCGAGACGUUGACGCUGAGCGGCGAGAUGGCUGUGAAACGGGAGCAGCUAAAAAACGGCGGGCUGGGUGUGGUGUCAGACGCCAUCUUUGAUUUGGGAAAGAGCCUGGCUCAGUUUAAUCUAGACGACACAGAGGUGGCUCUAAUGCAGGCUGUGCUUCUUAUGAGCUCAGACCGUCCAGGGCUGGCCAGCAUAGAGAAGAUCGAGCAGUGCCAAGAGGCGUACCUGCUGGCGUUUGAGCACUACAUAAACUACCGCAAGCACAACAUUCCCCACUUCUGGCCCAAGCUACUGAUGAAGGUGACAGACCUGCGCAUGAUUGGAGCUUGCCACGCUAGCCGCUUCCUCCAUAUGAAGGUUGAGUGUCCCAAUGAACUCUUUCCCCCACUCUUCCUGGAGGUCUUUGAGGACCAGGAUGUGUGACUUGAAGAGACCAAGGCUCCCUCUUAGACAAAAGCCUGGACACAGAAGGAAAAAAUUGGGAUGCUAUUUUUUUAAGAGGAAGUGUGGGGGAAGUCAAAUUUUUUAUUUUACCUUUGUUUUUGUUUGUUUUUUUGUUUUGUUUUUUUUCUAGCACCAACAAGACCCUCCACCUGCCACCAGCAUCACUAGAGCAUUAGAGAGAAACACACUGACAAUCUGGGUUUGCUUUUACUGUCUGUUUUUUAACACUGAGAGGUACACACAGAAUACAGCAAUUAGUUCACAAAUUCAGAUUCCAAACACACUGCCAUGAACAUUCAUGUUCUAUAUGCAAAAACAGAGGUCUUCAAUUAACUCCUCUCACGACCAUUAACUGUACUUUGGUUCUUCACUGAUGCAAACUGAGGGGCUCCUCCCCCCACAUCCACCUCUCACCUCAAAAAUCUCUGGGACCUGACCAUCAGCUCCUCAGAUAACCCCAACCCACCCCACUGCCCCCUUGCACGUCACACAGCCAUGAGUCUUUAUGUCUGCAGUGGCUUCCUCCAUCUGCAUGUGCUGCCCACCCCUUGGUGCGCUGAGGGCCCUGUGAAUGUUUGUUGACCUACCUCCCUCAUGUACUGAUGUUCCUCUCUGUCUCAUUUACACACACAGAGUCAAACACACUAUACGUAUAUGCUCAGAACACACCUAUACACUCUUACCUCAUGCUUUAUAAGAUGUAUUUCCUCAUUUACAGUGUGGGUGGUAAUCUAGAGAGGACACACGUAGCCAUGUUGUCCUUAUGUCACCCAUAAACCUCUGCUAGUUACAGUGGGAACACUUUUUUGAAGCCCUUAUCUAUUUGUAAUUAUAAUACACCAAAAACAUUGCUGUGUGCAUUUUUAGAAUUUUUUUGUUUAGAAAGUGCUAUAAAAGAUGUUGAGAGCAUCACAGUGCUUUCUGUGAUAAAGUCUUGACCCUAGAUUCACUGUCUGCUUCAAGAAAGAGUGUAUUAUAUGUUGAGUCUUAAAGUUUCUGUCAGUAAACAGCUGAUGCUUGUCCUGUGAUUCUAGUUAAACAAUGAUUCACUGUUGAGCAUAUGGAGAAGUUAAUUUGAUUACUUGCUCCAAGUGUAAAGAAAGAGAAGAUAAAACCCUUAAAGAGGGGUGUUAUAACCUUUAGAAGUUUAGCUAAGUUUUGAAGCAAGAUUAGAAACAGCCUGACUCUUUCAAGGUGUAAAAUAUGUUGUUUGUGGUAAUAAGGAGGAAUUUUUUCCAAACUAUUUCUUUGUAAGAAAAGCCAUCACAACUAAUGGCAAUGCUCCCAUGAGCCUCAGCUGUUCCUUUUUAUCAGAAACUUGAUAGCAAAUUAACCAUAAGAGGCCUAGAUAAAAAAUUGAUAACACAACCUCUUUUAAGUACUAGUUUUUUAUGAAUCCCCAAUUAUGUCUAAGAACAAUUCCUGUCCAAAGCACUCAAAAAUAACAGUAUGGUAGCAAUAGAAUUAGAGAAAAGAGGCUAGCCAAUGACAGUAAUAAGUUUUGCUGUUAAAGUGGUGAUACUUUGGCUUUAUAACUACACUACAAAAUGGUACAUUUACUGUAUAGUAGACCUCUAGGGAGAAAUGAGUCAACUCGAGUCAAAGGAAUGGCUUAUUUGCUCAGUAAUUGUUUAGGUGUGAAUCAGCAGCUGUUUGCCGUUAGGUUUAGUGACUGCUGUGUUUAGAGUCUUUUCUGCUGCCACAGGGGAUGCAUGGAUAUCAGCCCUUUUUACAACCAUCAGCCAAAUAAUGUGGCAUGAACAGAUAUCAGUCACCAAUGUUUGUCUGUUGAGUCAAACCAAUUUUAUUUUGGCAUCUGAUAGAUCUCAUGGCAUAAUCGAAUAAGAAAUUUUCAUUAAGGGCAUAUGAAGUGACUUGUUGGACAAACUCUGAUCUGUUUUCAUGGUUAGCCCUGAGCGAAAAUGUUGGUUUUGGACUAUCACACCAAAAUAAGUGAUGGAAAAAAACACUGGCUGUGUCCGAAACCACACACUCAUUCCCCACUCCCUAUCCACUGUAUAGUGAGCUGCAUAUAGUGGACUAUAUAGUGGACUCAGCUGCAAAACACAAAAAUGAUGUCAGACACUACUCCGGCCGCCGGCAAUGAAGUCAUCGCCGUCUCACAUUUAAAAUGUUUAGCAACAACAGCGUGUAAAUUUCCUUGACAACG